CGUAGUUUUACCAAUUUCCGUCUGUUGCCAAGUGAGUUUAUGAAAUAAACACCGGUUAAUUUUAGUUACAUGCCGUUAACUUCACGAAAAUUUUAAGGAAAUCAACACAAAGUGCUAUUAAUGUCUUCUUGUAUAGGACACUUAUGAUGUCGAGUUCGGAUGACUACCUAUUACUCGAUACUAAUAGGUAUUAUGUGGCUCCAACAGUAUUUGGUAUUCUCACUCAUCGUUGUCAUGGAAAUUUCUCGAGGACAUCACAUUGAAAUCGAACAAUCACCCGAGGACAUAAAUUUGGAACGGUUUAAAAACAGUAAAGAAAAUGCAUUGAAAAAGAGUGCAAAGAAACCGCUUACAUAUUCAGAAUGGGCCCGAUGGAGUGCUUGCAUAGGUGGACGUAAAACUAGGCGUCGACAUUGCUUACGUCGGCAAAUAUGCGGGGAUUCGCUGCGAAUAGAAGUUGCAAGUUGCGACAAAUCUCGUGAAGGAAAUCUGCGGAAUUACAAUCGACAUCACGAGUUUGACAGAUCAAUGAGGAAACCGGAUCAACAUAUAGUGAUACAAAAUCCGAAUCUGCGGCAUCUGGAUGAAAAUGAUAUACAAAAAAAGUUUCGGGGUUUUUCCCCGUGGACUACAUGGACUCCUUGUUCACGAAAAUGCACAACUAUGAGACGAAGAUAUUGCCAGAAGACGUCAAUAUGUGGCCGGAAGGUAAUAAGACAAUCCGCCUACUGCUAUUCGGAGGGUACCUACUGUUAUCUCUGGAUACGUAACAAGAUGCAGCGGCGAAAGGACCCAGAAUACAACGUUGUGGAGUCAAUGCCGGAACCAGUGCCCGCAAUUCACCCAGAGGAUUCUCGGGCAUUUUCUACCAGGAUGCCUCCAUGCGGUAGAAUAGGGAGAUAUCGCGGUUCACCGAACGCUCGGCUGCGAGCCAAAAUGCGAGAUAUGGUCCGCAUUAUAGGAGGCAAACCGGCACCACCUGGCAAAUGGGUCUGGCAAGUUGCUGUCCUGAAUCGUUAUAAGGAGGCGUUCUGCGGAGGAACACUGGUAUCCUUACGCUGGGUGGUAACAGCAGCGCAUUGUGUGAGGAAGCGCCUGUAUGUGCGUUUGGGAGAGCACGACUUGCUCGUACAAGGCUAUGGCGAGAUUGAGAUGAGGGUCACUGAAGCCGUCAUACAUCCACACUACGAUCCCGAUACUGUCAUCAACGAUGUUGCGUUGUUACGAUUGCCUGGGUUAGCAAAGCCAGAACUUGGUCACGGUAUAGCCUGCCUGCCAAAUCCGCAUCAGAUUUUACCUCCACAUUCCAGUUGCGUUAUUCUCGGUUGGGGCAAAAAACGCCCCACAGAUGUCCACGGUACAAGAAUCCUACAUGAAGCUCAGGUAUCAACAAUACAGCAAGGUGUGUGUCGUCGCUCUUACUGGCAGUACGCUAUAACUGACGACAUGGUGUGUGCUGGUCGUGGACACAGAGACUCUUGCGCUGGGGAUUCCGGCGGACCUCUUCUUUGCAGAGAUAGGAAUAUGCGCUAUGUUUUACAGGGCAUAACUAGUUUUGGCGACGGAUGCGGCAAGCGCGGGAAAUAUGGGAUCUACACCAGAACUGCGGGCUACGUGAACUGGAUCCGUAACGUCACGAACCACAAAUACUUCGAUGAUUGAUGCGAACCGAUCACAUUACAAAGAAAGCAGAAAACGAUAUUGAAUUUGGACUUUUAAAACUAUUUCGAUAUCCCUAUUCCUUACUAAUAUUAUAAAUGCGAAAGUGUGUUUGUUAGUUCACUGUUAUUUUACGUAGCAACAGAGCAAUGGAUUGUCGUAAUGGUUGGUAUGGAAAGAAAAGACGAUUGCACUGUUCAACAUUCUUAUUGAUUAAUGACUAAUAAUCACUGAAAUAUUCUCAGGAAAUGAACAGUAAUUAAAUGAUUAAAGUAAAUAAAAGGAUUGGAAGAAAAUGACUUCUUUGAAUAACUACAUGGAGACUACCAUAGAUUAUAGCUGACUAUAACUUGUUACCUUUAUAACAUAGGGGACUAUAUGUAGAGGAUAGGGAUUAGUUAUAGGAUUAGACUACACUUUGUAUCCCUGAAAAAUAUGAUUAAUAAGGCAUAGUUCUGAUAUAUUUCGCGUUUAUAACAUUAAGUAGGGAGGUAUUAAUACAGAUUACACGAAAAGUACUUACACUUUAUUGGCUCUUUUUAAUUUUACUUUUGAAAUCUUAAAUUUGUAUCUGCUACACUCUUACUAGACAUCAGCAUAGUGGUAAAUAAAUACUACUCCAAAGUCACUUUACUCGACGCAGUCAUACAGAAAUCAUAAAUCUUACUACAUAUUUAUGUUUUCUAAGCUAGUGUUUAAUAAAGACAGUAACUGCUAAACAUCAUAAAAUAAAUGUUCCUUAAGUUUCUAUCUUUUUUUUAUUAAACUGUAUCAGCGCUUGCCACCAGGUGAGAUUGUAAUUUCACUUCCCUCUUUUCAUGAAACCAACAACAAUUUAAGCAGCAUUAUUUUUGUACUAGUCUAACACGUUUAGAAACUAAAUAAACGCUUCGUGAUUUCACUAAAUAAUUGUUUCAUCAUUUCAAACUACACUGAAGCUACUUUCUGCAGCUCGGUUGAUUCAGUCUUUCUACCUAGUGCAAAGAGUUAUGCAAACAAACACACCAGACAUUGCUUGCAUUUGGACUAAGUCGGACGAUAUAGAAGGAAAGGUUGCGUUUUUCGGUCACCUGCGAGACAGUUAAACCGACAGAAAAAAUGGCUCAACGAUAUUAUGAAGAUGGACAGGACUUAUUCAGAAAUAUAGAAGAUGGCUUAUCAUGGUACGCCUUUUCAUAAGCAGAUUUCUGAACUAAAAUUUGAAGAUAACACCCAAUAAUGUGAGUGAGUGCCAUCCUCUUUACCGAAAUAUAAAUUUGUUGCGAAAAUUUAGUUUAAUUUAUAUUUCGUUAAUCAUACUUUUUAUUUUCUA